AUGGCCGUGGGGCGGUUUAGUGCCAGGUACAAUUGUAAACAGAGGUUGUCGUGUAUUGUGCAAGCGGUUGAGGAGCAUGACCCGUGGUUCCAGCAAAGGAGGAACGCUGCAGGUGAGCUGGGGUUGUCCUCAUUGCAAAAAGUUACUGCAGCAUUCCGUAUGCUAGCAUACAAUGCUCCUGCAGAUUCUCUAGAUGAGUGCCUCCGGCUAGGGGAGAGCACCAUCAUUGAGAGCAUGAGGCGGUUUGUGUGUGCUGUUGUCGAGGUGUUCGGCGAUGAGUACCUCCAUGCUCCGAACGAGGAGGACUCUGCUCGCUCGCUUGUUAUCAACCAGCGAAAAGGGUUCCCCAGGAUGCUGGGAAGCAUUGACUGCAUGCAUUGGAGGUGGAAGAACUGUCCGACGGCGUGGUCGAGUUCUUUCACUGGCCAUGUGAACGCACCGACGAUCAUUCUAGAGGUAGUGGCGUCACAAGCCCUGUGGAUUUGGCAUGCCUUCUUUGGAAUGCUAGGUUCUCUGAACGACAUCAACGUGCUGCACUGUUCACAUCUCCUCGACAAUCUUGCCGCUGGCGAGGCACCCAAGUUGGGAGGAAGCAGCAACACUUCGUGGUUCAACAGGUAG